AUGAUUUUCUAGAAAGGAAUACUUCACAAAGAAUUGCCUAAUAUUAAAUUUAUACCAUUGAUUUAAUUGGUUUAAUAAAAUGAACUAUUACCUAUGACUUUAAUUUUAAAGUUGAUGUAUUAAUUAACUAUAAGUACCAAAGUUUUUUUAAGUAGUUUUAAAUACAAUUCAUUUUGAAGGAUAGAAACUUGAAAAAAUAAGAAUGGAAGACUUAUUUGUAAAUGAUUGUGGAUAAUUAGACAAAUUAGAUAUUUUUAUAUAACAAACUCUUAUAAAAGAAGACAGACCAAAAUAAGAAGAUGACCUUCUAAAUUUAUUGAAAGAUAUUUGUAUUUAUUGUAAAUAUUCUAAGUGAUUAAGUUUGGGUUAAAUCCUUUUAAUAUUAAUAAAUUAAAGAGCUUUGAAGAAAUACUAUAUUAUAUUUUAGAAAAAUUAAAUAUUAAUUUAAAAAAAGAUGAUUGGAGACAAUAAAUUCUAUAAUCUAUCUAUGGACUAGAGAUUAAAGACUCAAAAUGCUAUAAUUAAAAUUUUACACAUAUUUUUUCUGUUAAAGUUCCAUAUUACAUUCAGACUAAACAAGAUUAUAUCCUUAUAAAGUGGGUAUGCGUGGAAAAUUAAAAAAAUAGAUUAAUGGAGGUGGAAAAUUAUAAAAAAUUGAAAAUAGAAAACAAUAAUGAUAACAUAAAAUAAUUAUAUUGUUACAAUUUGGAGUUAUAAAAUUCAACACUUUUGUACUUAUAAAAAUUUAGUUUAACUUUAAAAGAGUAUUCAGUAAGAGCUAAUGGUAUUUUAAAUAUAAAAGAAAAAAUGAAAAUUUGUAGUAAAUUAGCUUCUGAAUUAAAAAAAUUACAUGACAGAAAAAAAAUUCAUAGAGAUUUAAAACCAGAAAAUAUUAUGGUUACGGCAAAAGAAAUUUAUACUGAUAAAUUACAUGAAAUUACAGAUCAAAAUAUAAAUCAAAUUGAUCAACUUUAAUGGUCAAUAAUAGAUUAUGAAUCAAACAUAGAAAAAGGAGGUAAAGAUAAUUUUAAAGGAACUUAAAAUUAUUUACCUCCAGAAAAUAUGGAAGAAUAACCUUAUGAAGAAAGUUAUGAUAUUUGGCAAAUGGGAAUAUGUUUCUUGGAAUUUAUUAUUCAAGUUAAUUUUCAUUGUACUAAGAAUAAAGAAAAAAGAUAUUAAUCUUUACAAUAAUAGCUUGAAAAAUUAAAUAGUAAGGAUAAUAAGAGUACAUAUAGUGUAACAAUGUAUGAAAUAAUUUCUAAAAUGAUUAAUUCUGACCCAAAAUAGAGACCUAAAUUGGAGGAUGUUAUAAAAGAAUUAAAUUCUGCUCUUAUUAAUUGA